AUGAGCUGGGGAUUCCUACGUGAUCUGCUGAGUGGAGUGAAUAAAUAUUCAAUAGGAAUUGGAAGAAUUUGGGUAGCAGUUGUGUUCAUAUUCCGCUUACUGGUUUAUAUUGUGGCCACAGAAAACAUCUGGAAAUAUGAACAUGAUGAAUUUGAAUGCAAUAUCAAGCAGCCUGGUUGUGAAAAUGUCUGCUUUGACCAUUUUUUCCCUGUCUCCCACAUCAGUCUUUGGGCUUUGCAAUUAAUCAUGGUCUCCACCCCUUCACUCUUGGUUGUUUUUCACGUUGCUUACCGAGAGAAGAGAGAGAAACACCACAACCAGAAACUUUAUAAAAGUCCAGGAGAGAUAGAUGGUGGAUUGCUGUGCACUUACCUUAUCAGCCUUAUUUUAAAAAUGGGAUUAGAAAUAGUUUUUCUUGUUCUGUUUUAUAAAUUGUAUAAUGGAUUCAAAGUACCACGUCUUGUGAAAUGUGACAUAAGACCAUGUCCCAAUACUGUAGACUGCUUUAUUUCCAAACCCACAGAGAAGAUGAUUUUCCUAUAUUUUCUGGUGGCAACUUCAUGCCUAUGCAUUGUAUUAAAUCUAAGUGAAUUGAGUUAUCUCAUUUUCAAAUACUCCAUAAAAUGUUAUCCGAAGAGGUACAUCAAGAAAUGUCAAGGCUCAAAAAGUGAUUGCCACAAAUCAGGAAUCAUGGUCAGCAAGAGGCAGAAGAGUGCGGAUGGAGCCUGUGCCAUCAACAGAGCACAACCACCGAGUUUAUCUGCAAGAUCACAAUCUCACUUCCCUUUCAGAAAGUGCCUUGUUUAUUCAGUUUUUAAUGGUAUGGCAUAA